CUCAAGCUGGAAGGAGGAGUUUGUCAACUUCCGUCAAAUAGUGCCCACAAUCUCCCUGUUUCCAUUGCCCGAUUUCUUUACAACUCAACAUGGGCAAAGAACAUGACCUGGUCAACGCAUCCAAGACUGGAAAUGUCUCUCAGAUUGAAAAAAUAUUGGGCCAGAGAGGAAAAAAAUCGGGUCUACAGAGCAUUAUCGUAAGAAGUACAAACCCUAAUUAUCAAGAUGAAAUGGGAUAUACACCACUACAUUACGGUUCUCUCAACGGUCAUAGGGCAGCUGUGGAACUCCUGCUCAAGUAUGAUGCAUCAGCCAACAUUCCUGAUCACUCAGGGAACUAUCCAUUGCACCUUGCAGCAUUUAAUGGCCAUGCAGAUGUCUGUCGUGUUCUUAUCAACUCAGGCCCCUCAAGAGCCAAAGUCAAUGAACAGAAUGGAACUGAAGACACGGCUAUGCAUUCUGCUGCUCAGUCAAAGUCAUCUCAAGUAGUUGCUGUCUUACUUGAGAACCAUGCAGAUCCUUUCAUAAGAAAUUGUCGUAAAGAAUCACCAUUGGAUUUGGCUGCACAGUAUGGACGCAUUGAAAAUGUCAAAUUGUUGCUAAGUUACCAUCCAAAUUUACUCCAAAACAAUGUAAAAACUCAUUCUCCCCUUCAUCUUGCUGCACGGAAUGGACAUAUCGAUGUUGUCUCUAAUCUACUGGGCUGUGGAAUGGCUGUUAAUUUUCAGUGUGAUACGGGGACAGCUUUGCAUGAAGCAGCUUUGUUUGGUAAACUAGAUGUUUGUAACUUCCUUCUUCAAUGUGAUGUUGAUAUUACUGUGAAAGAUAAGAAUCAAAUGACAGUUAUGGACUUAUUAAUGAACCACCCUACAGCAAGGACAAAAGAAAUAAGUGCUUUGAUAUACAAUUAUACUCAAACAACAAAAACUCGAUCGAAGUCUGUAAAAGGAACGUCACAAAGUGUAAGGGAACAACGAAUAUCAACCUUACCAACUGCUAAUCAACGUGCAAGUACUAUUUCAUAUACAUCGUCGUCUUAUGACAUGGUACCGGAUCCAGGUAGACGUGACACUUACGACACUGUACCACCACAUCAACAUCAUCAACCAAGUGCUUAUGACAGUGUACCCCCACCACAGCCAGCAACAACUUCUGACGAUGAACCAGCAAGAAGUGUAGGUGGUUAUCAUUUCUUAAAUGCACCAGGAAGCCAAACAACAUCCGUCUUAACCCCUCAACAGGUCACAGAUGGAUACACGAUGCUGGGGGUCCCUAGUGCUGGUAAAAGUAAAGCAAAUGAGGAAUACUCCACAGUCAGACCAGAAGGAACAUCUUCGAUGUCUAGUGUAAUGGCACAACAAAGAUCUUUAUCAGGAGGAAGAUUAGAUCCUUUGCCAGCUAGAGACAUGGUCAGUAAAGACAACUUGGCAUAUUAUCAAAUUGAACCCCACACAUCUCCYGAACCAGCAUCACCAACUGAAACACCCACAAAAGCAUUAGGCAACAUCCCAGAAUAUGAAUAUGUACCGCGCCACCCAAGCCAACGCCCUCUUAACAUUCCUGAAUACGAAAUCCCUCCAGCACCAAUACCGCAAUCAUCUCAACCUGAAGGGGAUUAUGGUCUUAUUGGGGCAAUAAAUACAAAACCUUCAAAACCAAUACGACAAUCAAGAAGAGAUGUCGCAGAAACAGCAGCAAGCCCCCCUGUUUAUGAGGUGCCCCCCUCCUUUAAGCAACGAGAGGAGGUAGUGGAAAAUCCACCACGAGGRCCAGUUUGUCCACUUAAUAUUCCAAAGAGUGAAUUGGAAAGGUUGGGAUACACUGGUUCCAGUCCAUUGGGUCCAGAUUCAACUGCUCUAGCCACACAGCCUGGGUAUGAGUUCAUGGAUCGUAAAUCCCCAGAUGAAGAUAAAGGUUUUGAGUAUGAAGUGCUGGUACCUGCAAGACAAUUCGAGCCYAGAGAACCCCCAGUAUCACCAGGACAAUAUGAGGUGGUAUCCUUCCCUGCAAGGCCYAUAUCUGAAGGGCCACCCAGAUCAUCACUUGCAACGUCCCCUCCUGUAUAUGAAAUUGCUCCUACACCUAUAUUGGCCCCUCARGAACACUAUCCUGCAUCUUCAAAURUGUCCCAAAGUCCUCCUGUUUAUGAGAUUGCACCUCCUCCCAGGCCUCAAAUUCCWGCUAGACCUCCUCCAUAUAGUGUCCCUACAGCCAGACCAUUACCYAAUAAUGUCCCACCAGCUCAACCACCACAAGAUAAUGUUCCAUUGACAAGAACACUUCAACAAAAUGUGCCUCUGAUUGACGGCUUGGAGGGAAAGGAAGAGCCUGUUCUUCCUCCGCCAAGACCUGGAAAUGAAUACCAACAUCAUCRGCCCAUUCAACCCAUUGGAGAAGCACCAAAUCAACCAAGUGCCCCKCCACCCUAUGAAAAAGUGCGCCUUGAAGCUCCAAAGGGAGGAAAAAUUAAUCUUGAACAAGCCCCUACACCAGUUUUGCCUCCAAGGACACAUUUAGGUGACUAUUGCACAAUUGAUCCCAGUGCCGUUAGCCCUAUGAACCCACCACCCAAAAGAGACCAAGUUAGUUCAGGGUCAAGCUUUGGUUCAAUGUCAGAAGGAAGUGACACCUCUGAUAUCCCAGGUGUUCCACCACCAYCUGCAAGUGUUGCUGAAGCACUGGUGUUUGAAACAUUAGAAAGAGACAAACCUUCAASUACAGAAAAACCAGUACCAACGCCAAGAGAGAAGCAAAGCAAGGUCCCUUCAUCUACUGAUAGACCAGUACCUUUACCAAGAAGAGAAAGCUUAAACGACAGGCCAAAGUGGCAUACCGAAAAUAACCUUAAACAGGAUCCAUUCAGCAAUCCACCAAGCAAAGAAAAUAAAACAAUUAAAAAUAAUGACAGUGAUGAGAAUACAAAUACUGUUUUCACAUCUUUACAUAAGCAGUUUUCACCUCAUAGUUCAAGAGAAGAUCUCACAGACACUUCUAAUGAAGAAAAAAACAAAAAUGAAAAAUCAACUCCAUUACUUUAUGAAAAUGUAUUGUUCAAGCGCAGUGAAAGCACUUCGAGAAAUAGUAUAUCAAAGAAGCCCCAGUCCCCAGAAGUACAAACAGAAACAACAACCAAGAAAGACAAUGUGGAGACUAGGACAGAUUCAUGGUUAAAUUCUGAUUUGUCAACCUCUUUAGAUGAGGACGCGGAGUGGGAAAAGAUCGAUCAAUUGCUGCUCUCAUUACAAGGAAUUGAAAAUCUUGGUGAACAAAUGGCUGACGCCAGUAAAGCGAAAACUGUUGAUGAGUGGCUCAAGGCUCUUGGUGUUGAGCAAUAUGAAACAGAUUUAAUGAACGAUGGUUUUGAUGACCUGGACUUUCUCAAUGGUGGAAUACUUGAAGACCAGGAUCUUCUGGACAUAGGAGUAUCGGAUCUCUCCCAUAGAAAAAUAAUAUUAGAGGCAGUAAAGUCUUUACCAAUGCCACCUCGUGUUGCUAAGCUGGAAMAUCCACCAACGACAGUAGAAGAAUGGUUAAAACUUAUCAAGCUGACUGAUUACUUGGAAGUCUUCCUUCAUCAAGGGUUUGUUACAAUGGACCGUGUCAAGCAGCUAUGGGAAGUUGAACUAACCUCGGUAUUAGAAAUCAACUGUCUUGGUCACAGAAACCGAAUAUUAGCAUCAUUGAUAGAACCUCGUAGAAUGACCCUGGUUAGAAAAUCACGCCAAAAUGAGGUUGAUUCUAAGGGGAAUUUUGGUCUGGAUGAAAAACUUGAAGAGCUAAAUGCCUUCUGCCCUGAUGAAGAACCAGCAAAGGUCAUCUCUUCUCUUGAUGAUGAAACUCUAGACAAGAUAGCAGAAAAUAUGAUCAACGAUGAGGCUUUGAAGAGGAAAACAGUGCAGAGAAAAAGGCAAAAUCAAUGGCGGCAUGAGCCUGAAGUGCUGCUCAAAGGAAGUGUUGAACACACAACACAGUAUCUUGGCUCACAAACAGUGAAGGAGAUUGUUGGUAUCAAGUCUACKGUAGAUGCAUGUCGGAAAAUGAAGCUUUCAACAGCCAAACUACAAAAAAUCCCAUCUGUGACUCUAUCAGUUUCUGUGAAUGGCAUCAAGUUUAUUGACUCACGGACAAAGUUGGUGGUSAGYCAYCACCAAAUGAAUAAUGUGUCAUACAUCACUCAAGACCCUGAAGACCGACGAGUGUUUGCUUAUAUCGCAAAGGAUGCCAAAGUAAACCGUCAUUACUGUCAUGUGUUUAGAGUUGAAGAUGUGAUUUUAUCAGAUGAAAUUACAAUGACUAUUGGCCAAGCUUUUGAGCUUGCCUAUGAUCAAUUUGUGCAAAUACAAAGUUUCAUGAAGUCACAAAAGAGCUGAGAACAUUCACAGAAAAUUCYAUGAAUAACCCRGCUGAAGCAUCAAUGAAGGAACAGGUCURGAAUUUGACGAAUGACUAAAUUAAGAUAAAGAAGAAUUAGCUUGUUAUUAUAUGUUGAGACUURGGAACCUUAUGCCUAUAUAUGCAGUUGCUUCUUUUUAGGCUCUUGACAGACUAGAGCUCAGGGCUAAUACUGAGAUAUGGCCUUAUCUCUAUCUUACAGAAUAGAUGAAUAUUCUCUAUUCAGGAGCUCAAAUAAUAUAUUUUGUUUAUUAAAAUGUAGUAAUUAAAAAUUAUCAGGUUAAUAACUAGCAUUAUGUUUUAUAGUUUUUUAUACAUAAUACACAGCAAAUGAUAGCAAGAAUAAAGUUAUAGACUUAUAAAAGUGGGAUUGAUUAWAAUAAUCUCAAUCAUAGAUUGCAAGUUGUAAAUAGCCUACAACAACAACAAACUGCCCAGUAAGUUUACAUAUGCRGGUCAUACUUUAAUUCUAUAGAAUUACAAUAUUAAUAAAAAGUAUUUUUAUUUGAA